UCCUUGUGUCAAUCAAAAGUGCUACAUCAUCUCUCUAUCACUUCUUUCUCUUCCUCUUUCACACACACAUACUCUCAUCCCCACAUUCAGAAAGACACCAUGUCAACACUGAACCAUCUUUUUGAUCUUCCAGAACAGAUAUGCUACGUGCAAUGUGGAUUCUGCACCACCAUUUUAAUGGUUAGUGUCCCAUGCAGCAGUUUGUCAAUGGUGGUGACAGUAAGAUGCGGACACUGCACAAGCCUCCUCUCUGUUAACAUGAUGAAAGCUUCUUUUGUUCCAUUCCACCUUUUAGCAUCUCUUACUCAUCUUCAGCCAAAAGAAAGUAGUGCAGAAGAAGAUGCAAACAUGACAUUUAACAGCCAUAGUGGUGCAUCCAUGAUGACCUAUUCUGAUUGUGAGGAAGAGGAUCUGAUUCCUAUGAGCAAUUUUGUGAAUAAACCCCCAGAGAAGAGACAGAGAACACCAUCAGCUUAUAACCGCUUCAUCAAAGAAGAGAUUAAAAGGCUCAAGGCUGAAAAUCCUGACAUGGCUCACAAAGAAGCUUUCAGUACAGCUGCUAAAAAUUGGGCCAAUUUCCCUCCAACUCAAUGCAAAGGAGAUGAAGAGGGAGGUAGCCAGAAUGAUCAACUUGCGGAUCUUGACUCCCAUGUGGACCCUCUUGAUGAUGAGGUCAAUGAAGAAGGACAAGGUUUCCGAGGAAGAAAGGUCCCAAGGAACUCUAUCUUGGAAAGGACACCGUUUGAGUGAAGGAACUUCAGCAAUGUGACAUAGCAAGAAAGCUUUUUUCUGUCUUACAUAAAAAGUUUCGUCUAAGUCGUUUUCCUUAUGAAGAAAAGAUGUCCUUGGUAAUGAAAACGAAUUAAAUAGGGUUGAGAGAUGACAAUUUGAGACUUUAGGAAGUGUUUAAUAGUUUAUAGUUUUAUCUGACACCUUUCUGUUCUAGCAUGCCAGCUCCAUCGACCAUCAACUAGUCUUUGGGAUCACAUAAAUGUUUGUUUUUGUUAACAGUUACUUGAUAUUAAUUCUCAGACAUGGUGCAUGUUAUCAAGGGCUAGUUAUUUUUGGCUUUUGUUA